AUGGAUAUGAUAGGAUCAAAAUACCGCCUCCGGGAGAAACUCGGAGGCGGUAGCUUUGGCGAUAUUCAUUUAGGUGAGAACAUUGUUACAAAUGAGAAAGUUGCGAUUAAAAUUGAACUUGAGAAAGCGAAAACUCCACAAUUACAUAACGAAUACUGUAUAUACAAGCUGCUUUCAGGUGGCAUAGGAAUACCAUCAAUCAAGUAUUACGGUGUUCAAGAAGGAAAAAACGUUAUGGUUAUGGAGUUACUCGGAAAAUCUUUGAAUGAUCUUUUUAAUACAUGCGGAAAAAGAUUCAGUUUGAAGACUACACUCAUGAUCAUGGAUCAAUUACUACUCAGAUUAGAAUAUUUACAUAAUAAAAAUCUGAUACAUCGCGAUAUAAAACCCGAAAAUUUCGUCAUAGGCACAGGAAAGAAUCAUAACCAGGUUUAUAUGAUUGAUAUGGGAUUGUCUAAGCGAUAUUGCGACCCCAUUACUCAUGAACAUAUACCUUUACGUGAUCAUAAAUCUUUAAUUGGAACUGCUCGAUAUACAUCAAUAAAUUCUCAUAUAGGUUUCGAGCAAUCUCGAAGAGAUGACUUAGAAAGCAUAGGUUACAUGGUUGUUUACUUCUUAAAAGGCUCAUUACCCUGGCAAAAUUACAAAACGAAAGAUAAGAAAGAAAAAAUACGCCACAUCAUGCAAACAAAAAUAUCAACCUCAGUUGAUGAACUUUGCUUCGGACUUCCUUGCGAAUUCUCGAUUUUCUUAACGUCAGUGAAACAACUCGAAUUUACUGAACAACCAGAUUACUCGAAGUACAGGAACCUAUUUAGAGAACUUUUCAUACGCGAAGGCUUUACUUACGACUUCCAAUACGAUUGGACACCAAAUGAGUCAAUUAAUAUAUCAUUAGGUAGUCUACAUCAACAGAGUUCGGCCAUGCCACAAAUAUCCGCCGCUAAAAUCAUUCCAAUGCGCGCUUCUAAGUAUUCAUCUCCAAUAUUACACCAAAAUCCAGCUGGAAAGUUCAGGCCACCGAAGAGUAUGUCAAGUUUCCAGUCGCAGUCCAGAAGGAUUGUUACAAGUUCGCCAUUUCGGCCAAAAUUCUAA